UCGCCGCAUCGCAGCCGUCGCCGCCGUCCAGCCAGCGCGACGCCAAUCCCCCCAGCACCACGCGCAGUCGCUCCGCCAUGCCGCCUGUCUGACCGCCCGCACCCAAUGCGACCCCCGCCGACGCUCGACACCAUCCGCCACACGAUGCUCAGCACCAGGGGCCUCUCGCGCGCGACGGCUCGAGCUGCCCACGCCCCGCGCACCAGCAGGGCCAUCGUCACCAGAGGCGCCAGCCAGAGCCGAGUGCGCGCCCUCCCCCACCCGUACGCCCAGCGCCGCCAGCAGCGCUUUGUCCGCUCCCUCGUCGCCGUCACCGCCCUCGCGGCCACGGCCACCGCGUGGCAGUGGUACAACGGAGAGCCCUUCCUGCGCGACGUCCACGCCGAGGAGCCGCCCCGCGAACAGCACGAGCUGACCUUUGAGAAGCCCCGCCGGAAGCCGGCGUCGGCCGAAGAGAACAGGACCAUCAUCAGCUCGCAGCACCUGCAGGUCCAGAAGAGCUGGGAGAACCCCGGAGUCUACGCGUGGGGCUCCAAUGCCGGCAGGGUGGUCGCGCCCGACUCGAACGAGUCCUUCGUCAAGACGCCCCGGCGGAUACCCUUCUUCGACGGGAAGCUGCUCAGGGACAUCAAGCUGGACAAGGCCUUUGGCGCCGCCAUCGACGAGAGGGGCGACCUCCUGCAGUGGGGAACUGCGUUCUCCAAGGAGACCACACAGCCAACACCCACGCUGAGAGGAAAGAACCUGACUUCCCUCUCCAUCUCGCGCGACCGCAUCAUAGCACUCUCCAAGUCGGGCCAUGUAUACUCGAUCCCCGUUUCGCAGCAAGAGCAAAAGACGGGCCCCAAGCCCGCCUCCACAUCCUGGCUCCCGUUCUGGGGGUCCUCCAGCGACAUUUCCUACCGCCUGCGCACACCGCAGAACCUAGGUUGGAGCGAGCGCGUCACCCAAGUUUCGUCGGGCCUGGAGCACGCGCUGUUGCUCACCUCUGCCGGACGCGUCUUCUCCUUUGCCUCCGGAACCCAAGACUACCCCCGUAAAGGCCAGCUUGGUAUCCCAGGUCUCACCUGGGAGUCGCGCCCGGACGGUGCCUUCGACAUGCCCCACGAGAUCACGACCCUCAAAGGCUUUCCCGUGCAACACAUUGCAACUGGAGACUUUCACAGCCUGGUCAGCGACGCGGCGGGCCGAGCCUUUGGCUUUGGCGACAACUCCUCCGGCCAACUCGGCUUCGACUUCAACCCCGAAGCCACCUUCAUCGACGCACCCUCCCUCCUCCCCACCCAGCGCCUCUACGCCGGCACCGCCCAGCAAGCCUCGGUGACCAACGUCUUCGCCGGCGGCAACACCUCCUUCCUCACCAUCGAAGCCACCAAGCCCGUCGCCGGCGCCUCCCCCAGCGCCUCCCGCAUCCAAGCCGACGUCUGGGGCUUCGGCUUCGGACUCACCGGCCAGCUCGGCAACGGCCGCUGGACGCACCUGCAGUCCACACCCACCAAGCUCCCCGCCUUCUCCAGCCUCUACGAAUACGACGAGCCCACCUCCACCGUGAUACCCAUCCGCCUCGCCUACAUGUCCGUCGGCGCCGCCCACGCCGCCGCCGUCAUGGACAACGUCGCCUCCGUCGCCGUCCCCGCCAACACCCGCCGCGCGUCUUCCAGACUGACCGAAAACGACACAAACUGGGGCCGCGACAUCCUCUUCUGGGGCAACAACGAGUUCUACCAGCUCGGCACGGGGAAGCGCGCCAACGCGCCGAACCCGACGUACAUCCAGCCGCUGGACCAGGCGGCCGAGGUCGAGCGCGAGAAGGCGCUGGGCGCGUUUGGCGAGAAGAGGGAGCGCGAGAUGCACAGGUUCCAGAUCACGCCGCGGAACAAGGUCAAGGUCAACGGGCGGACCGUCGAGAUGGAGCAGCGCGUCGCGUGCGGGCGGGGCUGCACGGCCGUGUUUUCCGCCGUCUAGGUCGCGGCGGAAAAGGAGGCAGCCAGCACACUUUUGUACAUAGGAGACGUUUCUCGAGCCGGCGUUCUGCGCACUGCCCCUCGGCAUUGCAUUGCAUCUGUAUCAUAUCACACAAUCUACUCGCAGCUAUCAGGCUCGCCCCGUACCAGCACCACUACCCGUGCC